GCCGGGCCGCCGCCGCCGCCACUGCCGCUAGUGGCUGGACUCUCCGCCUGCCCCACCGCCCGCCCAGGCUCUGCCAUGAGGCGCUGAGAGCGGCGGCAGGAAGGACGGGAAGCGCCAGAGCGGGCCCGGGCGGCCUGCGCUUCGUCGCCACCGGCCCGUCCGCUCCGUGCGGGGCGGCGGGGACCAUGUAAAGCGAGACCACCUCCGGAGACCGGGAGCCGCCGCUGCCGCCGCCAUCGCCCCCGGCCUGCCACAAGGCCCCGCCGUGCGUGGCUGUGCCCAGGGGGGGAACAUGGCGACGUCGAAUUUGUUAAAGAAUAAAGGUGCACUUCAGUUUGAAGACAAAUGGGAUUUCAUGCGCCCUAUUGUUCUGAAGCUUUUACGCCAGGAAUCUGUCACAAAGCAGCAGUGGUUUGAUCUGUUUUCGGAUGUGCAUGCAGUUUGUUUAUGGGAUGAUAAAGGCCCCGCAAAAAUACACCAGGCUUUAAAAGAAGACAUCCUUGAUUUUAUUAAACAAGCACAAGCAAGAGUGCUGAGCCACCAAGAUGAUACUGCGCUACUGAAAGCCUAUAUUGUAGAGUGGCGUAAAUUCUUUACACAAUGUGAUAUCUUGCCCAAGCCAUUUUGUCAGCUAGAGAUUACUCUUAUGGGCAAACAGGGCAGCAAUAAGAAGUCCAAUGUAGAAGACAGUAUUGUUCGAAAGCUCAUGUUAGAUACGUGGAACGAGUCCAUAUUUUCAAAUAUAAAGACUCGGCUUCAGGACAGUGCCAUGAAGCUGGUUCAUGCAGAACGGCUGGGGGAAGCAUUUGACUCUCAACUUGUCAUCGGUGUUAGAGAAUCCUAUGUUAAUCUGUGUUCUAAUCCUGAAGAUAAGCUCCAGAUUUAUCGGGAUAACUUUGAAAAAGCUUAUCUUGAUUCAACGGAAAGGUUUUACAGAACUCAAGCCCCUUCAUAUUUGCAACAAAACGGUGUACAGAACUAUAUGAAAUAUGCAGAUGCUAAAUUAAAGGAAGAAGAAAAAAGAGCACUACGAUAUUUAGAAACCAGACGUGAAUGUAACUCCGUAGAAGCACUUAUGGAGUGCUGUGUGAACGCUCUGGUGACGUCUUUUAAAGAGACCAUUUUAGCUGAAUGCCAAGGCAUGAUCAAACGAAAUGAAACAGAAAAAUUGCAUUUAAUGUUUUCGUUGAUGGAUAAAGUUCCUAAUGGAAUAGAGCCUAUGUUAAAAGAUCUGGAAGAGCAUAUUGUUAGUGCUGGAUUAGCAGAUAUGGUAGCAGCUGCUGAAACGAUUACUACUGAUUCUGAAAAGUAUGUAGAACAAUUGCUCACAUUAUUUAAUCGAUUUAGCAAGCUGGUAAAAGAAGCUUUUCAAGAUGAUCCAAGAUUUCUUACUGCCAGAGAUAAGGCAUAUAAAGCUGUUGUAAAUGAUGCUACAAUAUUUAAACUUGAAUUACCAUUGAAACAAAAGGGGGUUGGGUUGAAAACACAGCCAGAGUCCAAGUGCCCGGAGCUACUUGCUAAUUAUUGUGACAUGUUGUUAAGGAAAACACCGCUAAGCAAAAAACUAACCUCUGAAGAAAUUGAAGCAAAACUUAAAGAAGUGCUGUUAGUACUUAAAUAUGUACAGAACAAAGAUGUUUUCAUGAGAUACCACAAAGCUCAUUUAACAAGGCGUCUUAUAUUGGAUAUAUCAGCAGAUAGUGAAAUAGAAGAGAAUAUGGUGGAAUGGCUGAGGGAAGUAGGAAUGCCGGCCGAUUAUGUAAAUAAACUGGCAAGAAUGUUUCAAGAUAUUAAAGUAUCUGAAGAUUUGAACCAGGCCUUCAAAGAAAUGCAUAAAAAUAAUAAAUUGGCAUUACCAGCUGAUUCUGUGAAUAUAAAAAUUUUGAAUGCUGGGGCUUGGUCCAGAAGUUCUGAAAAGGUGUUUGUGUCACUGCCCACGGAACUCGAAGAUCUUAUCCCUGAGGUCGAAGAGUUCUAUAAGAAGAACCACAGUGGCAGGAAGCUUCACUGGCAUCAUCUGAUGUCCAACGGAAUUAUAACCUUUAAGAAUGAAGUUGGCCAGUAUGACUUGGAGGUGACAACAUUUCAGCUGGCUGUGCUUUUUGCAUGGAACCAAAGACCCCGAGAGAAGAUCAGUUUUGAAAAUCUUAAACUGGCAACAGAACUCCCUGAUGCUGAGCUUAGGAGAACUUUAUGGUCUCUUGUAGCAUUUCCAAAGUUGAAACGUCAGGUUUUAUUAUAUGAACCUCAAGUCAAUUCACCCAAAGACUUCACAGAAGGAACUCUCUUCUCAGUGAACCAGGAGUUCAGCUUAAUAAAAAAUGCUAAAGUUCAAAAAAGAGGUAAGAUAAACCUAAUUGGUAGACUGCAACUAACUACAGAGAGAAUGCGAGAAGAGGAAAAUGAGGGGAUAGUUCAGCUAAGAAUAUUACGAACCCAGGAGGCUAUCAUCCAAAUAAUGAAAAUGAGGAAGAAAAUUACUAAUGCUCAGCUUCAAACUGAACUGGUAGAGAUAUUAAAAAACAUGUUCUUGCCGCAGAAGAAAAUGAUAAAAGAGCAAAUUGAAUGGCUUAUAGAACACAAAUAUAUCAGAAGAGAUGAAUCAGAUAUCAACACUUUUAUAUACAUGGCAUAGUAUGGAGAUUCACUGGAAGAUGCCAAGGAAAAUGUGUGUUGAAGGUGGCUUGAACAGAAAACUACCAGAAAAGGGACUGAGCCGGAGAAGGACUAGUUUGACUUGCAUUACGUAUUGAAAUCCCUGCCUUGCCUUACCAGAGGACUUUUGUUUUGCCAAUCUUUUUUUCAGCUAGCAUGAUGGCAUUCCCUUCACAUUGCACACAUUUUUAACAGCAUGCUGUUUUGGGGGGUUUUUUUGUGGGGAAUUUUACAUUCAUGGAGAGCCUGUUGUGAGUUUUUAAAAAAAUAAAUUUGAUUUACAUCCACUUGGAAGAGGAACAGAUUGGGGCGGGUGGGGGGAGUUUAGAUGAACAAUACUUGCACAAAGAAACGACCUUCAGAUAUUCAUGCACUGAGGAACUGCUAUUAGUUUUCACAUUUUUAAAAAAAAUAGAACUAGAUGUAGCACUUCAGUUUGUUUUGAAUCACCAACUUAAAUAUACUGUUCUUCUUUGAUCCCUUUUUAUGUAUAAGAUUUGAACAACAUAUGCAAAUCACAGCUAAAGGCCCCUGCUUCAACCAAGGGCUUCAGUAGAAUACCUGGAUUUGGAUAUUGAGACCACAUGGCGUUAAACAGGAUCUAUCCAUUUUGUCAGUUUCCUUUAUAGAACUGUGGGUAAACACUGAUUGGUUUCUAUGGACAGAUUGGUUUCAAUCCCACCCCCCCUUUUUAAAAGAACUGUUGACUUUCUCUUACAUAUUAUUUCAUCUUUUAAAACUGUUUGGUUCAGUCUGUUUAUAAUGAAACAAAAUGAAAUAUUAAGUGUAUUCCUUUGUACAUUUAAUAUUUGUAUUCACUGUGUUAAUAUGCUUGUACAAAUCUGAAUGCAUUAAAAAUAGCCAAUGCACCAGUUCCCAUCAAAUAGUAAUUAACAUUUUGACAAUCCCUCUAUAUUUCUUCCUUGAUUAUUUAUUUGGAAAAAUCUUAAUGUUACUUUUUAAAAUACAAUUCUACUCUGAAAAAUGAUGGUGUGGAACAAGACAAUUCUUUAGCCUGGUAGGUAGGUCUGCUUUGUAUGCUUAUAUAGAGAGAGAUAUCUAUUUUAUUCCACCACUUUUCUGCUUCUUAUGUUUAUGCUGACAGUAUAACAAAUUUAAAAGUCAUGUGACUGCUCUAUCAAACACUGCUGCUGCCAGCUUCCAUUUAUUUCAGUGGAAUGUCUAGGAAACCUCAUUUGUUGGAUUCCUUUUUUCCACUCCAUUACAAAAAUUUGACUACAACUUUAAAAAGUAAAGCAAUUGGGAAAUAUACAUUAAGGCUUAGGGGGAAAGGCCGCUCUACUAAAAGCAAGGAAAUUGCUGCAAUAUGAAUUAAAGCAAAAUGUGAAUGUCUCUUUCACCCAGUCCUAAAUAAUUGCUCAGUAUCUUCAACCCCUUUGAAAUGUCCAUCAUUUUGACUGCCGUCUUGGUACGUUUAAAAAGAUCAACAAAAUCAAAUGGAGAACAUGCAACUCAGCCUUUUAUUGUACCCUUCUGUUACGUUUGCACAUUAGAAGGUAGCUUUGCAAAACUGCUUUGGAAAUUUUAUAGGCACAGAUGCUCACUCCCACCCUGGUCAGCUUGUUUUGAUCUCUAGUGAUUAGUGGUUAUGUAUAAUAAUAUUGACUAUUGUGGUUGCUGCUGCUUGGGUAAAGAGAGAGAGAGGCCAUAAUGCAGGUGUAUGGGAGAGUUAAUUUUAUAAGGGCUGUUGUAUUCCAUGAUGUUCAAAUAGAAAGAUAUCUGAAUCUCUGCCCUUAAGUAAACCCAAAGUACAAAAUUGGGGGGGGGGGAGCAGUACAACUGUGAAUUCAUUCUUUUAGAUGCCACUGAACAACAAAUCUGUAAAGGAAAGCGAGUGCAGUAGGGUACUGAUCUCAAAUCCCGUAUGUUCACUUCAUAGUUAACAAAGAGCUGUUAAACUGCAGCCUCAAAAAUUUGGGGGAUGAGAAAGUGAUUUUAUGUACCUGUCAGUCUUAGUUCAACACAUUGAAGAAAGAAAGCUGAUUUGGUUCCCUGGGGGUGUGUUUUGUAUAUGCUUCAAGAUUUUUAGAACUCUGCAUUUGGAAGCUCACUCAGCAGCAAUGGGGUGGGGGGAAAUAGAGAAGUGGAGAGACGUUUCUCCUAUACAUUUCGAUUGGGUGCUUUUGUAUUGUAAGGGUCCCUUUUGAUUCUGCUUUAUAGGAGUGAGCUUGACACAUUAACUAUAAAACCAGCUAAAGUCCUCAUUUUCAUUUGAUCUCAUUUGAUUUUCAUUUGAUUUCCCUUUUUUGGAAAUGCUGAUAACCUGACCUUUAAAAUCAUUCCCGUUUCAGUUCCUGGAAGUGCAAAUAUUUUAGAAAAUUGGAAUUAGUGACUGGGGUCUAAGUGGAGCACAUAGACUUCCAUUUGUGCACUGUAGAGCUUUUUUCUCUGCCCUUGCCCCCAAAAGCUACUCCAGAAGGUUGGGGGUUAGAUCUGCAGAGCAGUAUCCUAUGCAGCGCAAGAGGCUGCACUUGACCCCCCCGCCAACGCAUGAGCAGAAUCACUUUAGGUGCACACACAAAACUAUGGGUCUUGCCAAUGAGUAUUUUCAAAAAGGAAUUCUGUUUUGUGCAAUCGCACAGAGUGCUUGAUGUGUCCAUAUUUUAGUGUAUGAAAUACAUAUAAGUUAACUAAAUGUGUGUAACGCAAUGGGGAAUUAUAAUGGAUGCGUGCCUAUAACAUGGUACCAUUUUUUCUUUUUGUGUCUGUUGGAAAAAGAUGUCACGCAAAACACAAUCUGAAAAUCACACCAGCAAUUUUUUUACAGCUGCAGAAUCACAUUUAGCAUUCUUUUUCAGGACAAUUUUUCACCAAGAUGCCCUUAAGGCUACAGUUAUCAGGGGUAGAACAGUAGAGGGUUUGUGGGUUUUUUGGGGGGUGGGGCGUGUUUUUGCAGGAAGAUGAAAACGUUCAAACCUAAAAAAUGACAUUAUCCUUCACUGCAAUAUGGAAACAUGGCACUUUUAAAGAUGACUUUUAGCUUUGGAUAUUUUUCUCCAAAGACUUAGCAUAAGGAGGGUGCUGCUUCUGAACAAACAUUAAAAAGUAUGUUACCGCAAAGCAUUGCUAUUGUGGUUGGUAUUAAAUAAACUCUAGAUGUGAAAAAUAAUGUAGGUUUCAUUGAUUUUAAGCAUAGUUCUAAAAAUGCUUUGACCCAACAAAUGAAGUUCAGACUUAAUAAUUUUGAAGUCUUCCACGUUUUCCCUUUAUCCCACUGGUGUCUCUUGUUUUCUGUCUACUCAUUUGUUUAAAUCUGUUGUCCAUGUUGGAGUAGAGUGUAGUUAGAUAACAUUUUAGUGGUAGCUCUCCCCUCUCCCCUUUUUAAAAUGAUGUCAUAUGGCCUAAGAAGUCAAUCAUUUGGGAUUUGUUUGCAUUGUGAUAUCUGUUAUAAAAGAUAAAAAUUUUAACAAAUACAGCCGAAUAAAAUAUUUGAUAAUUUCAUGGAAAGAUUUGGUAUCUUAAGCGCAAAACUAUUUUCUAUUUUCAUGGAACUGGCUGGGAUGCUAUCUUUGUAAAUUUGAGGUCCUAUUUGUGAAAAUAAAUACACAAGAGCUUUCCUGUUAAUAGACUGUAUGUAGCCUGGAGUGCAGUGCAAACUUGAGUUUCCUAGGUUGUAAUAUCUAUCUACAUAUGGUUAUUUACAUUUUUUUGAAUGUGUGCCACUACAAACUGAGAUAAAUGCUGUACAAUUUGACUGGUAGCAGUUUUUUCUUGUAUGGCAGUCUGGCUAAACUAUUUUGAUGUACUGCUUAAUUUUUGAAUUUUAUUUUUUAAGUUGUAUAAUUUAUUUUCUUGCAAAAUGUAAUAUAAAAUAUUAUUAAAAAAUCAAAAUAUAA